AGGUAGAGAAAGUAUAAAGGGUAAAGAAAAAAAAGCAACCAGUAGUGUACAUGUUGGUAGUAUUGAUAGUGAUAUAGUAUUAGAAUUACAAUUACCUACAUUUAAUCCAAUACAAAAUUUAUAA